AAUCUCUCUUUAUAAAUUCCAAAGCGUUUGCAACUUGAAACGGAUCGUUUCCUGAGUACUAUUGAAAUCGGCAAUUUCACAGCAGUUGACGCGUCGAGCGAGAUGCUUUGAAAAUUCUCCAAGAGAUAGUAUUUGUAGAGAAAAAUUAGGUUGUGUAGUAAUGAGGUGUUUUUUGAAGAGAUUUUCGAUAAUUAUGAUCUGAAAAAACUUUAAACAUUAUAGCGAAUGUUCUAUUAUAAUAACAUUGCUAUUGCGAUAAUUCUUGUGUCUCCAAUUAUCUAUAAUCAAUAACAGAAAUAUAAACAGACUAACCUUAGUAACCACACAUAUAUAAUCUGUGUGAAAAUAAUGAACUUAUAUUACACCGAAUAUCUCUGAGAAACAGUACAACCAAGUCUCAUUGUGAGUUUUACAACUGCCAAGGAGAUUAUCUUAAAACAAGAAGAAGCUAUACAUAAUACUGAAAAAACUUGAAUAUAUUGAGUUGUAAGAUGGAAGUGAAUAAAGAAUUGAAUGUGUCAGCAAGCAUAAAAGAGAAAUAUCUCAAGGUUCGCAAAAUGUUAGAUGAACAAACAGCAAGUAAAUCAUGUGAAUUUUGUGAACCCAUAAAGAUUUUAAAGGAAAUAAUAGAAGAGUUCAAUGCUAUAGUGGCCAGUUCAACAGAACCAAAGAAUGAGAUUAUGAUAUUGGCACAAACUCACUUAAAUUUGGGCAUAAUAUACUUAGAGUCUGGGGAGACAAAAGCUGCUGAGGAACAAUUUAUAAUGUGUACUGACUUACUAAAAGACAUAGAACUAGAGCCUGGAAGUAUUUUACCAAUGAUAACGGCUCUUAAUCAACUAGGGAUACUUUAUGCACAAUUGGGUGAACCAGCAAAAGCCAGAAUAUCUUUGAAAAAGGCUGAAGAGCUGUAUACUGAGUUCACAGAAAAUGUUCGACUCGCUCCGAUCAAUGUAGGACUCGCGAUAGGCAUGGAGAUAGGAGGACUGAAUGCUGAGAGCCUCUUGGAGAAACUUCAUACAUUGACUCUAUAUUACCUCGCGCAGGUAUAUAAUGCAUUGGAUGACAAGGAUAAGUUUGCAGCGUAUUGCCACAAGACUCUAAGCAUGCAGCUGAACCAGGAGGACGUGGACUAUAUUGACUGGGCUCUGAAUGCUGCAACGUUAUCCCAGUACUUCAUAGGGCACGAUAAUUUUCCCCAAGCGAGAUAUCACUUGGCUGCAGCGUCCCAUAUAUUGCAAAAGCAUCAGGAUGCGUUAGAAGCGAAGGGUCCGGAGGAGACUAGCGAGAGCAUCGCCGCGGAAUACGAGACCUACCAUCAUAGGUCCGCGGACGUUGCUAGGUGCUGGGCAAAAUACGGUAUCACUCUACUAAGCGCGUCCAAAGAGCGGCUGCUAAAGAAAGUUGAGCAGGAAGACGAGCCCUUGUCGAGCGACUUGAGCUCCACGGCAACGGAGUCCAUGAGAUCCACAAUGGAGCUCAUGAGAUUCGUAGAUAUCGAGCCGGAAUUGGAGGUUAUUGCCUGCCAAGUGACGGACCAGUAUUUGCUCGAUUUCGAGGACGCCCGGCCGGUGUUCUUGAACGUACAGAAGUGGCUGGACGAAGCGAAGACGUACUACACAUUGGACAGUCACGCGUCGGACUAUGCGCGCAUCAUACAGGACGUCUCACAGGUAUACAGGUACUUGUCGUUCUACGAGCUGCACGAGGACAGGCAGGCGAAGAUGCAUAAGCGGCGGAUCGACGUUCUCGAGACUGUCAUCGGGGAACUGAAUCCGCAGUAUUAUCGCGCUAUCUGCCGAGAGAUCUGGACUGAGCUGGGCGAGACAUACUCGGAGAUUCUGAACAUCAAGAUCGACCGUUUGCAAGCAUCUAACGAGAAGCCGACCAUCCAUAUGAUAACGAAAAUCAAUCAUCUGACGAAGAGCAGUAUCAAUCAUUUCCGCUCGUAUUUGGACUCACUCGAAACUGGCAAGUCCGAUGAUGGUGUACCGAGGUAUUCGGACGACCUUCUAUAUCAGGCUUUGUAUACCCAUUUCCACAUAGCUAGACUCUACAACAAGAUCAUCACUUCCGACUUGCAGCUGAGGAUGGAGAACACGCAGAAGAGCCUUGAAGCUUAUCAGUCCGUCGUGAAUUACUGCGACAAGCAUCCCGAGAAGACUGAGGAGCUAGAGAAACACGAGUUCGUCAAUCUGAGCAGAGAAUUCAUCAGUCUACUGCCGCUCACGUUACACAGAUUGAAACAACAAAUAAUAGAUCAAUAAUUAGAUUUCCCUGUUUUCCCUGUUUUUACGACUGUAUAUUUGCUUAAAAAAUGUAAAGAGCUGUUUCAUUAAGCUUCCUUUUGGGAAUGUAAAAAUAUAUUUCGCUAAGUUUCUUUUUAAAGUAAGAAGAAAACGACCGGCGGGACUUGUGUUGAUGAUAUAUAUGUGUCUCGUUAGGACCUUGAAUGCACGUUUUUAUCGAUAUUGUUCGAUCAAUACAUUCGUUAUGUGUACUGAAGAAAUGUAAUACAAAUGAGAGAUAAUUAUGUUUGUAAUACAAUAUAGUUAUAUGAUUAAAAAUAAACCGGGACGAAUACGAUA